AUGCAGCCUUUGUCGAUUCUUCACGACUGGUGCCAGUGGCUGGGCGUCAGUGAGCAGUGCUCGAUGCUCAUCAUGGGCAUCCCUGAAGACUGCGAGGAUUCAGAGUUCCAGGAGACGGUGCACGCUGUCCUGAAACCCCUGGGCAGAUACCGGGUGCUUGGCAAAGUCUACCGAAAGGAGAUCAAUGCCAAGAUUGCCUUGGUGGAGUUCGCCGAAUGUUUAAACUGGGCUCUGAUCCCCCAGCAGAUCCAUGGCAAGGGAGGACCCUGGAGUGUGGUGGUCCGUUCCCAGACACCUGAUUUGGUGUCGCAGGAGGGAGGCAGCUUCCCAGGCGCCCAGGGGCCCUCCUCGGCUGGUGAGGCCGGGGAGGAAGGGGCUGAUGGCCGGGCAGGAAUAUUCGCUGUCCAAUUUCCAAGCGAGGAUGCAGCUUCUGGUGAGGAGGAGGCUGCAGCUGAGGCUGGGGCCAGCGAGGCAGGAGAGAUGGUUGGGACUGGACAGGAGGCCCCCAGAGAUCUGCUUGAGGAGGGCGACAGAGGCGAGGAGGGAGCUGGAGGUGACGAGGUGUCGGAUGAGGAAGGAGCUGCUGGUGACAGCAGAGCAGCAGGUGGGGCGAGCUCCCCGGACGCGGCCGGAGUGGCUGGGGAGGUGGCCACAGCCAUGGAGACAGGCACAGCCGAAGAGGCAGGCACAGCCGAAGAGGCAGGCACAGCCGAAGAGGCAGGCACAGCUGGGGAGGCUGCACUGGCAGGCCGGGCAGGAGCAGGGCUGGAGGAGGCGUCCUGGACGCAGCAGUUGCGCCGGGCUCUGCAGCCCAUGCUGGAGAGCUCGACCUUCCAGGAGCUGAGAACCUUCUCCGGGCUGCAGGAGGCUGAUUGCUAUAACGAGACGUUUGAGAGCUGGCUGCAUCACGCCAACGACAUGAUGUUCCUGUGGCGCCACGUGCCGGAGAGGGAGCUGCGGCGACGGCUGCUCGAGAGCCUGGACGGCCCCGCGCGCCAAGUGGUGUUGGAUCUCCUGGACACAAACCCGGACAUCGGUGUCCACGACUGCCUGGUGGCCCUGGUGCAGGUGUUCGGGAGCCAGGACCCCCAGGUCACUGCCCGGCUGAAGUUUGUAACCUGCGCCCAGGGGCCCCAGGAGACGCUGUUUGCCUACGUGAUGCGUCUGGAAGGCCUGCUGCAGACCGCCCUGGAGAAGGGUGCCAUCAACCCCGCCGUGGUCAACCAGGUGCGGGCGCGGCAGGUGCUGAUGCAGGCGCGCCCCAACGACGUGCUGCAGAAGAAGCUGAGGCGGCUGCGGCUGGAGCGGAGGCCGCCCGACUUCAUGGGCAUGCUGCAGCUCAUCUGCGAGACCGAGGCCUGGGAGGCCGACCCUGUGAGCCCAGAAGCCACCGCCGCAGUCUGCCUGGCCGGCCAAGUCAGUGACGGGGCCCAGGGCGCGGCUGCUGGCCCUGGCCAUGGUGCUGAGAUGGCUCCUGGAGUCGGCGCUGCCGGGAGAGAUGAGAGUGCUCCUAUGCCCCCUCUGGGCCAGGUGGCCAGUGAGCCUGAGAGCAUGGUCUGGGGAGAAUACCAGGAGGGCAAGGAGGAGGGUGCAAGCAAGGAGUCGGGGAGCCAGGCUGUGCAGCAGAGCCAGCCACAUGGCCCUGCCGACAAGUAG